GCCUUGGCCGCGACUUUGCGCUUUCUCUGCCCUUCAUCCACCGGGCACCGUAGUGGGUGGUACCGUAGUACAUCCAUGCAUGCAUGCACGCAUGCUCCUCUACAUAGUACUUACACCCGCUCCCCUGCUCCUUCCCUCUGCCCACUGCCGCUCCCGCUGCUGCUUCCUUCCUCCUUCCAUCCCUUCCACACACCUCCGCCAACCUCGUCCAUCACCACUCGGCCACUUCACAUCCUCACCGACCUCACAGCAACACACCUGGGUCUCCUCCUGUCACGCCGCCUCGACUCUCGAUCCCACCAAAUACCACCACCAACCCGCACCAACGCCACUGGGCUUGACCGUCGUGUGUAUCCCGGUCACCAUCUUCGUCGUCCCUACGCUCGAAGCUCAUAUCCUACGACAAGAAUUUGGACAACACUGCUCCUUCACAAAAAGCCGGGCGGGUCUGCCUGUGAAUUUGAAUUUCGCACUGGUUUACCCCCCUUCCCCUGGAGAGGAGCAUUGGCAGGUGCCCAUAGCGGCAAGGACCAAACUUUGAAAACGCACUGGCUCGACACUUUGACGUUCGCGAGUCGCCACUUGAUUACCAGACACAGUCGCAGCCACAUUUGAUUUGACUGCCCUUGGCCUGCUCACAUAGUCCUUCUUGCCCUGUGCAGAAGCCUAGCAGUCCUGGCACACUCUUCUCAGCGCAGGCGAGAUCCUCAAAGCUUGCCAAGCCCUCCUUCUUUGCCGCAUGCC